AUGACCACAGAAACAGAUCCCAAGGCAUCCGAACUUGCCGACCGACCAUCAUCCAUGGCCGCAUCAGCAUUUCUGGGCAUCGCGUGGUUCAUCUGCAUCGAGUUGAACAUCCGCCUGCUGUACAGAGCUACGCGUCGCAGCCUAUACUUCUGGAGCUGCUUACUCUGCAGUUGGGGGCUGGUUGUCCACGGCAUCUCCAUUAUCUUGGCCAACUUCAACAAGUGGACCUCUUACUCGGCCAUCGUCUUCAUCUAUCUCUCAUGGCUCGUCUUCGUCGUCGCUCAGUCUUUUGUUCUCUACUCACGCCUCGGCCUCGUGUGGAGAAACACGAAGAAAGAUCGCUAUAUUCUCUACAUGAUCACUACUAACUCGGUCAUCUUUGGCCUUACCACAGUCUUGUUCGGGAUGAUUGCUGCACGUCUUUCGUCGCAAGCAACUCGCCACCCACGCUUCAGCGCACGACUCGAGAAGGCCAACCUGAUCUGGGACAAAGUACAAGUCGCCGCUUUCUUCACCCAAGAAUCCGUCAUCGGAUUUCUAUACAUCUGGCAAACAUCGAAGUACUUCCAGAGCCUCGAGCUCCUCGGCAAUAGUCGCCGCACCACUCGAGACAAUCUCCGCAACCUGAUCGCUGUCAACGUCCUCAUAAUCAUGCUCGAUGCCAGCGUCCUGGGCUUGGCCUAUAGCGGUCGCUUCUUCAUGCAGGGCUUCUACAAGGUCGCUGUAUACGCUGUUAAGCUGCGCACGGAAUUUACUAUCCUGAAUCAGUUGAGGCAGGCGCUUGCGGGUGGCUCGACAGGUGCGUCGGGAUUUGCUGUGCAGACCGACCAGAGACCUAUCGUGAUGGCUCCUCUGAAGUCAAACGACGUGGUGGAGGUGGUUGAAUAA